AUGUCUCGAUUGAGUUCUCCUACUGAAUGGGUGGCUCCCCUGACACCCGUCAUCUCGCUGGCCUUACUGCCGUUGGGCCCCCUCUUCUUUCCUCGAUUCUAUGUUAUCUUUCUGUUUGUAUACUUUACCGGUUUCCUGUACCAGCAAGUCAACCACGUCUGCAAGUUUUACCUGUCGUCGGUGCGCAUCAGAGCAAGCAUCCAAAAGUGGAACAGAUUGAACAGAAACAAGCACCAUUUGAACGACAAGGAUCAAGAUGACAAGGCCAAGAUUGCCAUGGACACAUUUCAGCCCAAUCGAUCCAGCAGCAGCAACAAUACUCGUGAAAGAUAUGUCAACCUGGAGGAGCAGGAGUCAGAGGAGCAACUCAUCUACCAAGAACCUCAGUUUAUCCAUACAUUUGUUAUCCCAAAUUACGGUGAACCUGAAGCUCUUUUGAAGGAUACUAUUGGCCGAUUAGCAGUUCACAGCAAUGCUCGAUCAAAUUAUGUGAUUAUUUUGGCCAUGGAAGUAUCUGAGCAAGGCUGGGAGGAAAAGGGAAAACGGUUGGAGGAUUUCUUCAAGGAUAGAUUUCAUGGGUUUAUCAUCACAGGCCAUCCUGCCGGUGUUCCCGGCGAAUAUCGUGGUAAAGGAUCAAAUGUAAAUUACGCUGUUCGCAAUGGCUGUGCCGAAAUGUUGAGACAAGGCUUCGACAGACGCAAAAUCAUCUUGACCAUCAUGGAUUCAGACGCUGCUAUUCCCGAACUCUACAUUAUUGAAGUGGAGGAAGCAUUGAACACAUCAGACGACCCCUUCUACACCAUCUGCGCUCCUCCCAUCUUCUUUUCUCGCAACAGUGCUCAGGUUCCUGCUGCUGUGAGAAUGACCGAUAUCACUUGGGCUGCUCUCGUCAUGUCAAAUCUCAGUAAUUCAGACGGCCUAUGUGUGCCAUGCUCAAAUUACAGUUUGUCGUUCAUUCUGGCCGAACGAGUGGGCUACUGGGAUGUCGAUGCGGAUGCCAUUGGUGAAGACAUGCAUAUGUGGCUCAAGUGCUUCUUCAAGACAGACGGCCAUGCUCGCACGGCGCCCAUCUAUGUACCCAUCAACCUUACCAACGUCCAGUGCGACGGUUAUCUCAAGAACAUUUACGAGCGCUAUAUUCAAGCAAAGCGUCAUUUCCAAGGCGUGGCUGAUCUCGGCUAUACACUUCGACAGAUGGUCAGCUCCUACAAGAAUAGAAAGGACCAAAAGGGCUUGUUAGACUGUCAUAUGGCAACAUCCGGAUUCAACGACAAGCUGGCAGCCUGUUCUGUGAUCAUGGAAGCUCAUAUGAUUCCUGCUUCUUCAGGUUGGCUCAUGUUUGCAGCCGUGCCCUUGAUGCAGGUCAUCCUGUUUCCACCUUUUUCUUGGAUGGCUAUCGUCUCUCCUGCAAACAACCCUCUGUUGACAUCGGAUUUCUUUUACAAGCUUUGGACUGUUGUCAAGAUGAUUACUGUAUUCUUGCCGUUCCCAUUGUUUGGCACUUUGGCCAUCUAUGAGCACCUGCACCGCUACAUUGACAGAGAGUUUUACCACAAGCCCAAGUCUGAAUCUCGUACCUGGAAGAAUAUCUUGGAUUAUGCCUCAUUGCCUAUCGCUGCCUGGUUGUUCUUGACCUGGCCCUCCACUGUUGCCUGUGUCAAGCGUCUCUUUGCUGGUGAUGAUGCUUACAUUGUAGGAGCAAAGAUGUUUAAAGAUGAGGCCGAACCCAACACUGGCAAGGAAAGAAUCCUGUAA